AUUGGAUUCAUCUCUCUCUCUAUUUCUCUGAAUUUAUCCCCAAAAAGCAAACAAUUUUCAUGGCCGUUCGUCUAGUGACCAUCGGGGUUUUCCUUGUCUUUGCCGUCAUCGUCGCGGCCUUGCCGUCACCAGUUUCUUCAAGAAAGCUAUUGGAGAUGAAAAAACAAGAGAACUUGACGGUAAGAGAGGAAGAGAAGAGUCACGUACCUCACGUGACCAACACCACUACCCUAGCAGCUCUGCCAAAAGGAAAAAUCCCAAACUCGACGCCUAGCAAAAAGGGUCACGCCGCCAUCUCAGCCGUGAAGCUCCGAUCUAGACAUCUCUCAACCGUUUACCGGUUUCUUCAAUCCGUUCCAAGUCCGGGCGUUGGCCAUUGAUAGUCUUCGUUAGUACAUUCUUUUUCUAACUAUUAUGAUACGAAAUUUCCACGAGGUAGACCAUUGUUUUGGGACUUUGCACAUUUUUUAAUUUUCUUUCUCUUUUAAUUACGUUUUUCACGUUACCAAAAAUUUUCCAUGAGUCAAAUUUUUAUUGGUUCAAUAUGGCAUGGGUUUAAAUUAAUA